AUGGCACAAGUUCAAGGACGAAAAAUCACUAUCCUAGGCGCAGGCGGUAGCCUUGGGUCCCCAACGCUCAGAGCCCUGCUCGCCAAGGACGCGCACACCAUCACAGUGGUCCAGCGGCCUGAGUCGUCCAGCGAAUUUCCCUCUGGCGUCAUUGUUAAGACUGGAAACCUUGAAGACGAAACAUUCCUGGGGCAUAUCUUCGAAGGUCAAGAUGUCGUCGUCUUGAUGCCUCCUCUCUCGCAUAUCAUUACCUUGCAGGAGCCUGCUAUUCGUGCCGCUGCGAAGGCGGGUGUUCCCUACCUUUUGCCUGCAGAGUACGGCCCGGAUCCUUUCGCCACAAAGCUAAUCGAAGAGAAUGGACUAUUACAGGCUAAAAAGAAGAUCCGUGACCUUAUUGACGAACUCGGCGUCAGUAGCUGGAUAUCGGUCACGGUUGGCGUAUGGCUGGAUGUUAACCUUAGCAAUGGCCUAUGGGGCAUUGAUGCCAAGGGCCGCAAGGCAACUCUCUAUCCUGGGGCUGGCGGUAGAGUCACGACAUCCAGCAUCAAACAUACUGGCGAGGCUAUUGCGGCGGUGCUGAGUUUACCAGAGACUGAUCUGGCGAGCUAUAAAAAGCGGGCUGUCUACGCUCCCUCAUUCCAUACCACACACCGGGAGAUGUUGGAUGCUGUGCAGCGCGUCUCCAAAACAACGGAUGCGGACUGGGAAAUCACAUCACGGGAUGUUGGUGAUUCCCUAAAAGAGUUUAACGAAAGAAUUAGCCAAGGGGAUAUUAUGGCUUCGUAUCAGAAGUUUAUCCUCACGCAUUUGCUGGAUGGCUACGGGGGCGAUAUCGAGCACAAGGUUGACACGAAGUUACUUCAGAAAUUGGAACAAGUUGGACUAAAAGAGGAGGAUAUUGAGACGGUGGUUAAGAGCAUACUAUAG